CAUGUGAAAACCUCAUAUGUCCUGGUCUACCUAGACUUUAUUGGUAGUGACACGAUUUGUAGCGAGACAAUAGCAGGAAUAUGACAAUCAGAAUGCAUGUGUUUACUGGAAUUAUCUUCCUUCUCGGACUGAGCGCGUCAUUUGCAGCAGUAACGAACACCAGGGUGGUCGACACCUCCCACGCAGGCAUACUGGCGGCAGUGGACACCAUAUUUCGAGCUAAUGACCUCAACAACAACAGUAAAAUGGAACUAGGCGAACUAGUGGCCAGUUAUGCUCUGAUCGAUUACAACAACGACGAUAGGAUCAGCAAGGGAGAAUACGUUGCUUCAGGCGGAAAUAACCCCUUCUUCGGAGUCCUGUUCCAAGAACUUGACAACGAUGGAGACGGAUAUCUCGACCGCUCGGCGAUCCUUGGCGAAUACACUGUUAUGGAUACAAAUGCUGAUAAUGAAGUCAGUAGGCGGGAAUACGAUAACUAUUUUGACAAGAUAGUUGAGUCAGCUUUGAUGAAUUACGGCCACCUCCUAGGGUAAACAAAAAAAAUACCGACCACAAAAAGAGGGUCCCGUUGAAUUGGCGUCCUAUCCGUGGGUUGUUUAUUAACAUGUAUCUGGUUAAUAAAUACGAAAACAUCAAC